UAUAUCUAGAGCUCAAUGGAAACAUUUAAGUCCCCCCCCAAAUACACAAAUAAUUCAUUAAUAAUUAAAUUUGACUUGGUUUUUUCAAAUAUUCCAAAUUUCUGUUUUCUAUCAGUCACAACAAACCAAAAUCAGAAUGCAGGCACGGAGGUUGAUGAUGGAGGCUUCAGUCAGGAAUGGGAACAGCAACGGGAUAAUAGGAUAGGACCUCUGGAAUCAACUCCUGAGACACGAGCUGCUGUUCAAGCUUUGCCUCCAAAUUCCCUAGCAAGUGAAGACCCAGAUGAAAGGGGAGUUAAGCUUGGCUUAGGUGACUUCAUUUUCUACAGUGUUCUCGUUGGCAAAGCAUCAGCAACAGCUAGUGGAGACUGGAACACAACUUUAGCCUGUUUUGUAGCCAUUUUAAUUGGCCUGUGCCUUACCCUCUUGUUGCUUGCCAUUUUUAAAAAGGCCUUACCAGCUCUUCCAAUCUCCAUAACAUUUGGGCUCGUUUUCUAUUUUGCCACAGAUUACCUGGUGCAACCUUUUAUGGACCAGCUAGCAUUCCAUCAGUUUUAUAUCUAGCACAAUUUAAUUUGACCACCUGUGAACAUGGUACUGACUGUAGCAAAUAUGGGAGGGAGAAAUUAUUUCCCUCCCACUUCUUAAAACAGCCACCGUGCUGGGCACUACUGGAUUUUUUUCCUGCAAAAAUGGUCUCUUAAUGAGCAGGUUAUGGGACUAUAAGACCUCAGCAGUUUUGAAUUAUAUAUCUCUGAAAGGACCAUAUGUACAAAAGAUGCCUAUGCUUUCACCAGCAAUGUAGCUGCUCAGCACAGUGAUUCCAACUCCACCCCUACCCUACUGCUGGAGAGUGUUGAGAACUGCAAAGAGUUUAAAUAAAGGGGACUGGUAAAUCAAACUGAGCUGUCUGGAAUAUUCAAAGUGUCAGCCUGGCUCCAGAACAUCAUCUAUCAAUACCUGAUCCCACCAUAACUUACCUGAAGAGCAGCAACUGGCUUGUGGAUAACGGAAUUUUGUCUUCUCUAAACUGAAAAUCAUGAAAGUAGUCCCAUAUGCUUUGUGUUAAAGUACUAUGAGGUCUAAUUGUCAUUCUGGCACAAUACCUUCUGUACAAAUUUACAGGUUCCUAGCAAUUUUUGACACAGAACACACAUUUUCUGAUGCUGCUGCAAAUGUUCCUUCAAUUUAGUUUGCAACAAGUGAGUCAUGAAAUCAGAACUAGGAUUGUUGAUUACAAAGGUUUUUUUUAAUUCUUAAGAUAUUGUACAACCCAUUUCUUGAUGUUGCCUCUUGCCCACAAAAUAACUUGAAUAUUCAUUUAGCUUUAAUGUGUGAUCUGCAAUGUAUUUAAAUAGUGAGUGAUUAGAACACAUUAAGACCCUUAAAACUACAGGAUAGCAAUGAGACAUACUUCAACCAAAAAUACUUUGUUUCUGUUUUUUUAAACAGUGGUGAAUGUUUGAAUUCAUCACUUGUUCUCAGACAUAUAAUUAUUUUUUAUUAUUCCUUGAAAUUAUAAAGUAAAAUAGUGUAUGUCAUAUUGUAAGAGUAAAAAAGAAAAACUGUUUAUUUUAUAAAGCUGAGGGUUGAUAUCCACUUAACAUCCCCAGAAGACUGUUAUGGAACUAACCUUUUGGAAGCAGACCCGUGAAAAAAGUUAUAUCUACAUUGCUCAUUUAUGUGGACUUUACAAGCAAGAUCUCUUAACAAAAAUACUAGAUUCUGGCUUCCAAUAUCAUUCCAGAAAGAGUAUUAUAGUAACCACUUCUUAGGGAACCUUAUUGCUUUAAUUUUUGAUUGAGAAUUGUAACAGGAAGUACUCCUAUAUCAGAAAAAGGCCUGAAUCCCUCAACAUUUCUUAUAAGAUGAAACUAGCUAUGUUGCCUUCCUUUUCCUGACGUAUUUUGAGCACUCUUGGGAAUGACCUUUACUAGGCUGUAACCUAGAAAUUAGAACAUUUUUCUUGGAAGAAGAUGUACUUGCCUAACUAAUCCCGUAGGAAAGAGUGGCUGGGAAUUGCCUGUGGAAUUCAGUUUGGGUAAGCAUUAAAGAAAUGAAAAACCCACCAUGGCUCUCAGCUAGUAUGAGAUAACCCAGAUCUAUCUGUGUAAAUAAUAGCUUUCUGUUUCCAAUAUUACUUGAGGAAUAGGAUCUGAAGUUAACUUUUGAAUGUCAGGAAAUAGUGGUAUAUUUUGUGUACUGUACAGUGUAUCUCAUUAGAGCAUUCAUCUUAUAAUGAUACUGGGAAAUAUCAAUAAAUAAGAAGAGUAAGAAGAAUGCCAAAGCCUGAUACCACUGGUGAUAGUUUAUUCCUUAAGGCUACACUUCUUGGUUAGUGGACAAGUUAGCAGUACACAUAUACAAUUGUGUAUGUGAUAUUUGCAGAAACUACAGGAGUUGUAGAAAACAAUAGAAGCCUUUCCAUGAAUUUCAGGGGACCCAUAGAAAAUUGCUUAGAAUUAACUCACAUUACUAGUCUUCCACUGUCAAAAACUUUACUGCAUAGACUCUACUACUGUAUUUCAUAUUGCAAGUGUGGACUCAAGUGAUGAAAAGCUUCCUUGUACCAAAAUAAAUAAAAAAAUAAAUCAUCCCACUUAGAAGGCCAGGAAAUCAGUGGGAGAAUUUCUUUUUCUGAAUAGUUUAGUUUUUAAAGUGUGAAGGGAUGUUUUGCAUGGAGGAGCAUUCUAUACCACCUUCUCUCUGAAGAAAUACAGCUUAGGUAUGUAUGUUUACCUUCUUGCUGAGAACUAAGCUGGUAUGAUGCAGAAUUAUUAAGGAGAUUUCUCUUGAGUGAAAUUGUUCAAAUGCAGCACCCAUAGAGUUACAAGGUUCAAGAUGGAAAUUGCUUUUAGCCAAUACUUUGAAAACAGAAGACUUUAGAUAAAGUACACUAAGCACUAUCUUUCAGCCUUGAGCAUAUACCUUGGAAGCAGAAGGUGCUUCCAAGCACCAUCUAUAUCUUUCAAAACACUACACCAGGUUGUCUUUUCAGUAAUGACUUACUGCUAGCCAGAAUCAAAAUCUGGGCACAAAAUAUUGUUUUUAAUCUGUUAUUCUUGGAAGUUUGGAUAACUACUGGGCAAUAAUAGCUUCAUCAGUGUGGCUAGAUUAUUAAAUUAUUCCAAUUUUAUUGAAUACAUUAGAUUUCAGUAACCUUUUAAAGGCAAUGCCUCUCCAAUGUAUUUAGACUAAAUAUGCAUUUAUCAACAGACUCAUCAUUUUUUUAAGGAUUCUGUAACAAAGUGGCUGCUCUUAGUUGGUUAUAUUGUCAGUUAUUAUACCCUCACCCAUCUUAACAUUUGCAUAAAUUGUUAAGGGACUGCUUGCUAACAGAAAUUUGAAAUGUCAAACAAACCAAGCAUUAUGGGAAUAGUGUGGCAAUGGAUUUUCUCUACUUGCUCUAAAUAUUAGAAUUUAGUACAUGCUGAGAACAAAAGUGAGGAGAGCUUGAUUGUACCUGUAUUAGGAUAACUAUAUAGUAAUAUUUUCAAAUAAGGCAUAUCUAAAUUCCUAAGAUACUUAAAAUAUUGGGCUAACAUAAUCCUUUCAAACCCUGGUGGCUACCAAAUCUUUAAGGGCUGUACUAAGCUGAAAUAGCUAAACCUUGAAAUAUAAAGCACACUAUGGAUGUCUUUGGCUCACAUGAUCUUAGAUGUGGAAAUUCUCUCCUUAUACAUGACAAGUUGCUGAUGCAGUAAGAGAAACUAUUGUUGGAGUACAUUAGAGGAGAUGUUAGGAUGAACAGAACAUUUUUCUUCAGUUUUAUUGGAAAUUAUUUUGGCAGCUAUGUCUAAAGACCUAUUUCAAGAAAGCUACAUUACUUGGGUCUGUACAGUCAUGUGAUCUUGUCCCACAGUUUUGGUCUGCCAGUGGGAAUAUUGGAAAUAGAGUAGAAUUGGAUUUUGACACAAGCAUUUAAUUUUUUUUAAUUUUUAUUUGUUUGGUUUUUGGACACUGAUUUGUACAUACUCUGAACUGAAUGUGAAUAAGCCUUUUUAAAACAACUUUUCAAUUAAAAUAUAAUUUUGAUAGGUUAUUGCAAUUUUCCCUGUAUUUGUCAAAUUAUUAAAAGCAAGUAAUGCAUGGAUCUCA